GACAGGAGGACACAGUCUGAGCUUCUGGGCCAAGGGGGCUCACACCUGAGCUGGACCAGACAGAGGUUGCACCUGGCCUUAUGGGCUGAGAAGAAAGCCAAGGUCAUUGCAGUGAUGAAUGUCGUAGAAGAAAACCAGGGGCCUGGGGAGCCACAAAAAGUGGAGGAGGCCAGUCCUCCUAUUUUGCAACAACCUACUGAUGAUGCUUCUCCCACUGUGGCCACCACACCUGAGCCAGUGGGGGCUGAUGCUGGGGACAAGAAUACUGCCAAGGCUGCUGCUGAUGAGCCUGAAUAUGAGGAUGGCCGAGACUUUGGUAUUGGGGAGUUGGUAUGGGGAAAACUUCGAGGCUUCUCCUGGUGGCCUGGCCGAAUUGUAUCCUGGUGGAUGACAGGCAGAAGCCGAGCAGCUGAAGGCACUCGAUGGGUCAUGUGGUUUGGAGAUGGCAAGUUCUCAGUGGUUUGUGUUGAGAAAUUGAUGCCACUGAGCUCCUUCUGCAGCGCCUUCCACCAAGCCACAUAUAACAAGCAGCCUAUGUACCGGAAAGCCAUCUAUGAGGUCCUUCAGGUGGCCAGCAGCCGCACUGGGAAGCUGUUUCCGGCCUGCCCGGAGAAUGAUGAAAGUGACACAGCCAAGGCAGUGGAGUUGCAGAACAAGCAAAUGAUCGAAUGGGCUCUGGGUGGCUUCCAGCCCUCUGGCCCCAAGGGCCUGGAGCCACCAGAAGAAGAGAGAAAUCCCUACAAAGAAGUUUACACUGAUAUGUGGGCCCCAGUAGAGCCUGAAGCUGCUGCCUAUGCCCCACCUCCACCAGCCAAAAAACCCCGAAAGAGCACAGCAGAGAAGCCCAAGAUCAAAGAGAUCAUUGAUGAACGCACAAGAGAGCGGCUGGUAUAUGAGGUGCGGCAGAAGUGCAGGAAUAUCGAAGACAUCUGCAUCUCCUGUGGGAAUCUCAACGUCACCCUGGAACACCCCCUCUUCAUCGGAGGAAUGUGCCAAAACUGCAAGAACUGAUUCCUGGAGUGUGCCUAUCAGUACGACGAUGAUGGCUACCAGUCAUAUUGUACUAUCUGCUGUGGGGGUCGAGAGGUCCUCAUGUGUGGGAACAACAACUGUUGCAGGUGCUUCUGUGUGGAAUGUGUGGACCUGUUGGUGGGACCAGGUGCUGCCCAGGCAGCCAUCAAGGAAGACCCCUGGAACUGCUACAUGUGUGGGCACAAAGGCACCUAUGGGCUGCUGCGGCGGCGAGAUGACUGGCCGUCGUGCCUCCAGAUGUUUUUCGCCAAUAACCAUGACUAAGAGUUUGACCCUCCCAAAGUUUAUCCCCCAGUCCCAGCUGAAAAACGGAAGCCAAUCCGGAUGCUAUCUCUUUUCGAUGGAAUUGCCACAGAACUAUUGGUGCUGAAGGACCUGGGGAUCCAGGUAGACCGCUACAUUGCCUCAGAGGUGUGUGAGGACUCCAUCACUGUGGGCAUGGUGCGGCACCAAGGGAAGAUCAUGUACGUGGGGGACGUCCGCAAUGUCACCCAGAAGCACAUACAGGAAUGGGGCCCUUUUGAUUUGGUGAUUGGAGGCAGUCCCUGCAAUGAUCUUUCUAUUGUCAACCCUGCUCGGAAGGGUCUUUAUGAGGGCACUGGACGGUUCUUCUUUGAGUUCUACCACCUUCUGCAUGAGGCCCGGCCCAAGGAGGGCGAUGAUCGCCCCUUCUUCUGGCUCUUUGAAAACGUGGUGGCCAUGGGGGUCAGUGAUAAGCGGGACAUCUCACGCUUUCUAGAGUCCAACCCUGUGAUGAUUGAUGCCAAAGAAGUGUCAGCAGCGCACAGGGCUCGCUACUUUUGGGGUAACCUUCCCGGUAUGAACAGGCCAUUGGCAUCUACCGUGAAUGAUAAGCUGGAGCUUCAGGAAUGUUUGGAGCAUGGCAGGAUAGCCAAGUUCAGCAAAGUGAGGACCAUUACGACUAGGUCAAACUCCAUCAAGCAGGGCAAAGACCAGCAUUUCCCUGUCUUCUUGAAUGAGAAAGAGGACAUCUUGUGGUGCACUGAAAUGGAAAGGGUCUUUGGCUUCCCAGUCCAUUACACGGAUGUCUCCAACAUGAGCCGUUUGGCAAGGCAAAGACUGCUGGGCCGGUCAUGGAGUGUGCCUGUGAUUCGCCACCUCUUUGCCCCCUUGAAGGAAUAUUUUGCCUGUGUGUAAGGGACAUGAGAAUGAACUGGGAUAGUGACAUCUAAUCAAAGCAAAACCACCAAGAACAAGAGGAUGGAGAGAAGUAGCAGCACCCGGAAAAGAAAAAAGGAAUUAAAAACAAAACAAAACACACACACACAAAAAACCCCACCACAGAUAUGAAAACAUCACCGAGCAAAAGGGUUGGACAUCAUCUCCUGAUUUUUCAAUGUU